CGUUGAUUCAGAUUUAUCACAAGUUUGGUGAUAAUAGGCGCGCAGGCAUGCGUCGUGGCAUCGAGCGCGUAGCGGCGACUCGCCUCGCCGUGUUUUAUCAGUCGACGCGAGUCGAAGCGAGUCGCGGUGUCCCAGAUUUUCAGUCGCACGUACGUGCUACACGCGACAGCGCAUAGCACGCAGCCGGUUGUCGAUCGUCCGCGGAUCCUAGAUCGGUCCAUCUUCAGAACGGUUUCGCGGUUCAACGAGCGUACAUCUAUGCCCACGUUUCUCCAUACUCGAGCUACGAUUCAAUUCGUAUCGUUAUACUCUUCGAGAUCGUCGCGUUUCGCGAGGGAAAAUUUGUACGUGUCCUCAGUGAUGUCGAUGGCGCAUGAAUCUGAAAACUGUACAGGAACGGAUCGGAGAAGAUAGGAGGGAGAGAAACUUGUGGUAGAUAGAAAAGGAGAGAACCGCGUGGACCGAUGAACAUGGAAGACGAGGACUUUGGCUUCGCUUCGAAAAGGGCUGACUCUAAGGAAACGGUGAAAAGUGACAAGGAUAGCUGCUCCUCGGGAGAGAAGACGAGGGAAACGAUCGGUGGUGGUGGUGGUGGUGGUGGGUAUAGAUCAGUGAUGACAGCGCCGUUAUUCGGGGCGACCAAGGCCGGAAACGCCGUCCCUGAGCGGGCAGCGACCGCCUCUUCAUCCUCUCCGGCUUCCUCAGUCGUUUCCAACCCGCCGAACAUACCGAACGUGGUCGAGUAUCAUCUGAAAGUGAAGCCUGGCCAAACACAGAGAAUUAGUACUACUCGAAUCGAUAAUAGUAGCACAAGUCAAGAAGUGAUCGAGAUGAAGAAAGAGAAAAGUCCCGCGUCUUCGACCGACAAAGAAAGGAAAGAUCUCGUGUCAAAGCUAUCUCGUCUGUCCAUCGAUAACAACGUCUUCGAAGGUUCUACGGAUCUUCCUCAAGUGUUCCAGGUGAAAUAUUUGGGCUCUCAUGAUGCCAGGGGCCUCUGGGGUAUCAAGCACACGAGGAGACCGGUCGAUAAUAUGGUCGCUGCGGCUAAGGCAUUACCGACCAACACCAUGCUACCUCUGAUCAAACUGGUCGUGUCCGAGGAAGGAGUAGCCUUGCUGCCUAUCGAGAAGAGGAAGCAGGAUCCCAACUUCGUCAAGAUGUACGCUAUCGAGACGAUCUCUUACGGGGUCCAGGAUCUCGUCUACACCCGGGUAUUCUCAAUGAUCGUUGUACGGGAGACGGACAACUUUAGAAGAAUGUCGCCGUUCGAAUGCUACGGUUUCGUCUGCGAGUCGAAACAUCACGCGAGGCAGCUCACCUACGCUCUGGCCGCUGCUUUCGAGAUUUAUUCGAGGAGCGUGAAGGCGCAGGAUAAAAUGGCGGAAAUGGCGGGCAAGAACGGGGCGAAGAGAAGGUUCGCCAUAGAUCUUAGGAGUCCGGAAGAAAUGGCGGCCGAUUUGGCCGUGGAUUCCGAGGCCUAAAAGUUAUUUUCGUUUCGACUCGAGAAUCUUCUUCCGUUCCGUCGAUAAAAGGAUUCGAAGAGGAUUACGUUACGUUGGAUUAUCGGGAUGGAUACGUCUGCUCGAUGGACAAUACAGGGUACAUACAUGGUCGAAAAUAUUUAAUAUAUUUUAGAUUGCGUUAAGUUCGUUUAAGAGAGAUAUUUAAGGAAUAAAAUAUUAGAAACUUGUUUGUGAAAGGUUUGUUAAAGGUGCGAGUGAUUUACAAAAAAGUGCACUUGUAUCCUUUUUCAAUCGUUUAGAUAUUAAACAUUAGGUAUCUUAUUUUUUUUUUUUUUUUUUUACGUUAUAUUAUCUUCGUUUAACUCUCACGAAAUGGCUACGAGACGAGAUUUACGUUAAUCUUAAUUCCUUUCCUUUCGAUUAUAAAAUGCUUUUGAGUAUUGAUAUGAUGAGUUUCACGAGUCUGAUCUGAUCGCGGUGAAGUUGUGUUUGAACGUGAAAGUUGAUUUAAUCGUUGUUUGUUGUUAAUUCUAUUUUAUCGGCAUUUAUAAACGGGGAAAAUAGGUAUUGCCUAUAUCCACGAUAUGAUGGCUAGUUAUCCAAAGAUACCGAAUAGAAAAGAAGCCGAAGAUUACCGACGGAUUUCGGUGACUUUUGCAAUUUCGUAAAUAAUUCUCUAACUUUUGAAUUUAAAAUAUGAAAAAAAAAAAAGAAAAAAAAAAAGAAUUGGAUUUAUUUCUAGCCGCUUUUCACGCGAGCGCGCGCGCGUGUGUGUGUGUGUGUGUGUAUUUCUACUUUCAUUUUAUUCCUUCUGUACAAUAAGUUUCGAGUAUAUUUUUCUUUCUUUACUAUUGUUACGUAUUAUAAUUUAUUCUCGACUUAUCCUUAAGUCAAGCAAGACCAAUAUCGACACAUAUCAAUCGUUGUAAAUAAAUAGUUAACAAAAAAAAAAAAAAAA